UGCGGGCCAGUAAGAAACGCACGUCGAAGCGAGCGCGUCACUACGGAGACAGAGAUCUCCGCCAUAUUCGGUGUGCGUGUGCAAAAGCGGUGACUGGCUCUUUAGCGUGUGAAGUUUGCAGGGAGUUUUACGUAGCCAAAACGAAAACAAAUGGUUUUGUUUAAAGCAUAACAUUACUUUGCAAUCGUCUUCCGAGUAUAAGUCGUACAGCAGUAAGGCUCUCGUGAGGCACGUGGUGAGUGGAACAGCCUAGCUGGUGGCGGCUGCCAUGUAAUGCCCGGGACCUGUCCGGACUCCGGCCUACAGGGAGGGUUCUCCAAUAGUGUUCUCAUUGGGUAGUUGUGAAGAAGUUGCGAAAGUGAGUGUGUGAGUGAGUUGUGUUUUGUUUUUUUUUUACCCUGAGUGUGGUUAAAGCCGUUAAUUGCGUGGCCCACCCCAAAGAAGCGAUAUUAAACGCGCUGGGUCUCGAUUUCACGUUUCAUGCCGAUUCUGAUCGGAAAUCGAUAAUUUUCCCUAAACACAGCAUCCUUCCAUUCUACGUGUGUGUGUUUGUUGUGUUUGUGUGCCUUGUGUGUUGUGCGUGUGCGUAUUUUUGAGUGAAGUGGAGGUGUUUGGGUUCGAAGAAUAUCCUAUCUACCUACCGUGUAUCCCACAACCAGCAUUCAACUGCGUGAGGAAAUACGUACGAUAAUUGCAAUCAAACAUGCUACAAAACCUACCUUAGGGGUCCGAUUCAGCACAGGAGAUCAUCGAUCAAUGAAGCGGCAUCCUCCCGUACAGCCUUCAACAACUCCGGCGUGUGUGUUUUCACCCGCCAAGACUCUUGACCUGCCAAAGGUGCAAUAAAGCAUGUAUACACAGCCAUCGUCUCUGUUGGUGUGGUCAUCGUUAGUGUCAUCGUCGUCACCGUCGAGGAAAGCGGACCAACAGAGCGGAACAGCGCAGGAACAUUUAUCGCAAAAUCAAAACUAUUCAGCUUCUUCGGAGCAAUUAGCAGUAGCAACCGCAACGGUCGACGCAUCAUCAUCAUCAUCAUCAUCUGUCACACUGUUGUCGGUCACAACCUUCGCAACCGGUUCGACAACAGCAGCAACAACGGUGUCCAUUUCGGCUAGUAAUCGAACGACGACGCAAGAACGCGCAGGAAAGUCAAUUGAAGCAGACAGUAGAAAGGUUGCAAACAGCAUGUCAACAACCAAUGCAAACAGUAACAACAACAACAACAACAACAACAAAAAUCAUACCAACAGCAGCAUUAUACCGGCCGAGAGUGAUAGUAGUGAUUCCGCAAUCGGUCCGGACAGGGUGGAACGGAGAGCGGCACCAAUACAGUGCGACAUGCCACAGGCUGCAACCGAGCAGACGGUGGUUGCGGAGACGCAAGUUGACACGGCUACCGAGAGCGCUCAGUCUGCAACAGCAGCAGCAGCAGCAACAGCACCACCACCAACGUACGGUGCCUACACUAACAAUACUUUACCGCGGGGGCCUUAUCUUCAGUAUAAGUAUAACAACAUUAGUAGUGUUCCGUGCAACCAGGACAAUAACGAACAUCAACAACCGCAGCAGCUUAUACUACACCAACAUCAGCAUCAUCAACUGGCUCAGCAGCAUCAUCAACAUGCAUCCGCACACCAGCAAACGCAACCGUAUCGGCAGCAUCAUCACACCCGCCACCACCAUCACCAACAACAACAACAACAACAACAACAGCUGCAACAUCAGCAACAACAACAACAUCGUCAGCCGUUGCGCGGCAGUGACGUGCUGGAAAUGAUUUCACGAUUUAAACGCACCCACCCGAACGGUGAGAUGGAGCAGCAACAACACCAGCAACACGGUGAAGAAGCAGCUCAUCAACAACAACAACGUUCGGGAGAUGUGUUGUCGGUGGGCCUAAAAGACGAGCAACGAUGGGAAAGCGGCACGCACAAAGGGAUGAACGAGCCACAGUUUGCUGACGAUGCGUUACAGCAACAGCAAUGGCGUAAGUCAAAGCACCCAGAGCUGGAUGGUAAAACCUACACGAGCAAAGAAAGAAACGGCAACCACCCCAACCACCACCAGCAACAGCAGUCGGCGCUCUACAGGGACGCUAAUCACGGUGGUGCGCAACAGUUGCGCCAUCACUAUCACCACCAUCAACACAACUAUCAACACCCAUCAACAGCGGAACCAGCAGUCGGCCAUCAACCGCCGUCGUCGAACGGUGGUGACGUACGGCCAACGACGCCGGCCAUCGGUAGUGCCGUGUCGCUUACGAACGUGAUCGGCCUGAAGCGGCCCAGCCAGGCGGAAGGGUGGGCACUACUCUGCCAGUCGGUGCAAGCGCUGCAGGACCUUUUUCUUGGAGAAACACCAUCAAUCAGCAAAGUUCGACCGUUGAUAACGCCCGCCAGCCUGCAGAUCAGCUCACGUGGACGCGUCGUCUUUAGUAUCGUACCGGCGACGACAGGUGGACAACAGCAGCAGCAGCAGCACCAGCAGGACGCUCUGGACAUCACCGAGGAACCGUUUCUAUCGCCCGAGUACAUCAACUCACUGGGCAAAACUAUCCAGUUCAGUGAAUCUGACGUCGAAAAGAUGUGGAUCUACUCGCUCGGUGUCACGCUGCAGCGUACUGUGUCAUCGUUUGCCGUCAACCAUCAGCAGCAGCAGCAGCAGCAGCACCAACAGCAGCAGGAGUACGAUGGAGCCCUUCAUCUGCUGACCGAGGACGCACUCACACCACUCGAUCACGUCGUGCUGGCGAUGUGCGAAGCGAACCUAUACCAACGCGCCAGCCUGAUGUUUCUGCUCGAUAUCAUAUCGGACUACUGCAAGAACCAUCACCUGUACAAGCCGUUCUCUCACAUGCUGAUCGACCUGUUCCGUGAGGUUGUCUCGUCAGCGGAACCGCACCAGCAACGCCCAUCACCCGUCGGGCAACCUCCGGAACUGAAAAUCAAACGUUCGAUCGAGUCGUUCGAAGAGCAGAAAAGCGAUACCGAUUCGGGUCGAUCGUCUGAUCAUGGUGAGCUGCUGGAGGUGCAUCGGAAGAAGGAACCAUCUGGAGGUGCCCGUACCCAGCAAGACACUUCCUCCCAGCAGCAGCAGCAGCAGCAGCAGCAACAUCAAAGUAACUACGGCCCGAUCGUCUGCUCCGGUGACGACUACCAAGAGUACGGCAAAACCACGGCAGCAACGCUGCUCAGGGUAAAGCGACCACCGACGGUCCACAAUCCGGCCGAGCAGAGGUUCUGCUCGCUGCCGAGACCAUACGACAGGCAUCAGCAGCAUCAGCCCGGCACGCUGGUACCUGAACCGUAUCCCAACUAUCACACCAUAUCCUACACCAAGAGUGUAGCGCGGGCGGGCGACAUCAUCGGGCAGGCUGGCCAACACCAGGGCGUUAUCGUACGGCGGCGACACAACGCGGAAAUGCUGGCAGCGCGUCGACGUGCCGACCAACGACGGAACACCAUCGACGUAACGAUGGUCGAGGUAAGGAUGGCAGAGGCGGCAGCACAACAUCAAAGUCAGCAGCGCGCACUGCAGCAACCGUCCUACCUUACCGGUCCCGGACGUCUAAUGCCGUCCAAAUCGAUCAACCAUUUGGCGAGUUUGGUCGGUGGUGGUGGUAGGUGUGAUGAACCACCUGCAGCAUCACCACUCGACCAGACCAGCUUCAAUGCCACCUCCAUGCCGAAUCUCGGUAUGCCGCUCACGACGGUAGUUUCGAUCGCCACCCAGACGGCUGGCAGCAAUCAAAGGCCGGAAGCAGACCACGGAAGCGAUGCUACCGACCCGACGGCAUCGACAACCCACAAGGGACCGGAGUUCAUUGUAAAUUCCCACUCAGCACCAAAGUCUAUUGAUCUCACAGACGCAAAGACACAGCAUCGCAGAAUUGUAACGAUUCUACUCCUGAACGGUACCAAAGUGAACGUCACGUGCAAUCCAACGACCACGCUCGCGCGCCACAUCUUCGAGGCGAUCCUUCGGCUGGAAGGUUUGGGCGAAAACUUCUUUCUCGGCCUGUGCGCCCUCAUCGGUGGUGAUUUCGUCUUUUUGCCACUCGAUCUCAAGAUCUACAAGGUGGCACCACAAAUAUGGAUCAACACGUCCAAAAAGGCCACCCCGAUGGUGGAGAACGUGGUGUUUAUGUUGUACGUGCGAAUAAAAUUCUUUCUGCCCACGUUACGCGGCGUUAGCUGUGUCGAGUCGCGGCAUUUACUAUACCUCCAGCUAAGGAAAAGCAUCCUCGAACGCCAGAUUCUGUGCGCCGAGGAUGAUUUGAUCGCACUCGGUGGGUUAGCGUUACAGGCCGAGAUAGGCAGCUUCAAAGAGCACAUGAAGUACUCCGAAUAUUUCACCAUCUCGCACUACCUGCCGGAGGAGGUGUACCGGAAGAAGCGCGAGCUGGCACGCUACCUACGCAAUGCGCACUUUCACAAGCGCGGACUGCAGCAGCGCGAGGCAGAGCACAACUUCAUCCGGUACGUGCAGGAGCUGAAAGAGUACGGACUGCAUCUGUACAGUGCGUCCUGGACGACGGGCGAAGGCAUGACGCUGGACGUGUAUGUCGCCAUCUCGCUCGCCGGUGUUGCCAUCUUCGAACGGAACGUCCGCUACCAGCCGCGGGCCAGUCAGGAGCAGCAGGAAUGUCGGAACGGGAAGAACAGCUUCAUGCGCCAUCUGUACGCAUUGUUCGACUGGCUCGAGAUCGAAAACAUAUGCUUCUCGAAGCACGCGUUCUGUGUGGUGGUGCGUCGGAACGAGACGCUCGGUUCCAAGGGUGACAAGAAUCUGGUGAAGUACAAGCUCCGGAUGGAUGGAAGAAAAAGCUACUUUGCUUUCAACCUAGCGUCGGAACAUCACAAAUUCUACAUGCAGUUACGCAACUCGUUCACCUCGAUUAAGAAGCUUGCGAGCGAGCUUAACAUCCCGAUCGACCAGCAACCGAACGGUGGCACCGGUAGUAUCGGGGCAGACGAAGACGUCCGCAAGAAGCGAACCGUAAACGAGCUGAUGGACGGUACCACGCGCCCAUCGCCGGAUGCGGCGUCAACCGCUUUUGAUGCGAAAAACAUCGAAAAGAUCGACAAACCCUUCAAGACGACCGGGUUGCGGGUGCGCAAUCUGAAGAAAUCGAUGCUGAAUGAUAACCGGUUGGCCCGUCUGCGGCAGCGAUUUCUGCUGAAGCGCUCUAAAUCCACCGUCGAACCGGGCAGUGCCGGUACGUCCGCGCUAAAUCUGACGGUCGAAAUUACCAACCAGCAGAACCAGAACAAGGAGAACGAAAAUCCGUUCCUCGGAGGGGUGGCCGGUGAGCAGGACCCGGCGGACGGUGUACCGGGCGUACCGUCGCCGGGUGUGCUUGAACUGUCCCAGUCCGGUAGCAACUCGCCCAAAACCACGCACAGCAUGAACCGGAACAAGGUGAAAAUGGGCACGAAAGUGUUUUCGGCCCAGUUUCUGAACAAAUCGUUCGAUAAUCUUGCCGCGGCCGGUACGGCCGGUGGUGCUGGUAUGGCGGGAAUGAGCGGUGCCGUCUCGUUCCAGAAUGUUGCCAACAUUAGUCGCAGCAGCAGCGGGUUCCUGCUGCACGAGGAUGACGUGGACGCGGUUGAUGCGUUGGCGCAUACCGGUGUACAUCCACCGGUACCAGCACAUCCGUUGAUCGAGAGCAGCGUGGAUGAGGUGCUGUCGGUGAAGAGUAGUAUGGGUUCGGUGUACUAUAUGGAAAAGAUCGACGAACAGUCGGUCGGUGGCAGUGCGGAGACGUUACUCUCCCCGAAAGCGUGUGUCAUACAAUCAAGCAUCCGCAGUGACAGCUGUCAGUUCGAGCUCCCGAUGGCGGAUGAAACGAUCUCCGACACACUGCUGGAGAAGUUUAACAACAUUAGCCAGUGCAGCGGUGCGACCAACGAUCGUAUCCUGGCAACGGUCAUUAUUGUGAAGGAUGCCGUCAUCGGUACCGAUCAAGAUGCGCUGCUGAUCCCUUCGCAACGCCCGUUUCUAUCACGCAGCCAAGAAUCGAUCGCAUUCCCGGGGAAGUGGUCACUGACGGCGUCCAGCCACAACGGCGCCACUCACUACGACGAGUUUGACGAGCGCUUCCCGUACGCCACGAUGGGUGGUGGUGUGAAGAAAAGAAACCGUGAGCACAAUAAUGCCACCGCCCGAUACACACUAGGUAUUAGCAUCGUGCAGGGCAACGAUAACAAUGUGUACGUGAAGGAUCUCGCACCGAACGGACCGGGUGCUCGCAAUGGCGUACGGGUGGGCGAUCAGAUCAUUGCAGUCAAUGGGAAAUCAUUGCUCAAUCUGCCGUACACCGAGUCGCUAAGGAUAUUGCAGCAAACGGGGCGCACGGUGGAGCUUGUACUGUCGCAAAUCUUUCACCGGGCAGUGCCGGAAGCCGAGCAGCUGCAACACCAAACACGGCCAACCACCGUCACCAAAUCCAACAGUCUGUACAUCAAGAAUGGUAGUCGCUCGGCCACCGCUACACCCCUGCUAGACACACAGCAGCACACCCUACCCUCGGCCCAGGGUCAAAUGAAGAAUUUCGAAGAGGGCGAUAGCACAGCGCCCAAGCUCUACUCCCAAAGUCAGCAUCGCAAACAGCUCGCGGAACGUGUGCCCGACGGAUCGUCCAGCUCGGUCCAGCGAACGGCCGCCGGGCCGGACACCAACGGUGGCAGUGUGAGCCAACGGUACACAAAAAACGUUGCCGAUAUUCUUCGGACGCGUAAUCGAAUUGCGCUAACCGAACGGAGUCACCAGUCUGGGCCCCACCAACAUCCACCACCACCUGCGUACGCCACUCUAAGUCCCUCGAAAAGUAUGCCCGACCUGCCGAAGAUCCUGCAGGUGUACAGCAAACAACCGCCAACGUUCGGUGCCGUUGGACACCCGGCCAUCGUUGGUCCGCAUCGAAACACCACCCGCCUAGGAUCGUCUGUGAAGCUACCGGGGCAGCAGGGUGCAUCCAUAUCGCGCAAGUACACCGGCCCGACCAGAUAUCCCGUGACACCGGCGAAGGAUACGUUCAAAACCACCGUCGGACCUAUCCGGACGCAGCUAUCACUCUCGAACGCUUCCGAGGACGAGCAGGUGUUCAUCUAAACUUUAACCAACGCGCACACAGAUGCAUCCAAAAAUGAUGGAAACGAUAGAGAAUUAGAUAGAUGGAUAGAGAGACAGAGGUAGAGAUAGAGAGAGAGAGAAUGAAUGUAUGUGUAUGAAUGUAUGUCCUAGCCCUAUAUCUAUGUAUGAAUGUACUCCAAUCAUUUCUGUUGUGUUGUUCUAUCGACUUUGGUGCUUCCCUCUUCCCUCUCUCUCUCUUUCUCUCUUUCUCUCUCUUUCUCCCUCUCUCUCGGUGAAUCGUGUGUUUGUUUGUGUGUGUGUAUUUGCUUUCAUUGAAUAGAUAGACACAGAGGCGAUGAUGAUUGAGGGAACCGAGGACUAGCAGGAAGUAAUGCAAAAAUGGGCAAAAACCAACAAAAUACCAAAAUCCUCCAAAAUCUCUCUUUACGCUCAGGGUCGCUUGCCACAAAAAAAAACAAAAUGAAAGGCGUCCGCAGGCAUAUAUAACCAUAUAAGGCGCAACGACAGCCACAGCCAAGUGUGUAGCUUUAGUAGCCGUUCCACUACCAACAAUACAAUACUAUAUGUCCUCCUAUCCUCUCCCUCCCUUCACCACCGUGAGCAAGUCGAGCAAAACCAAGCAGAACGUCAGCAAGGCACACCCAGCACGAAGGACAGCCCUGAAAGCAGGUCAAAGGGAGUGUAGCAGCGUGGGUGCAGUGUUACUGUGUUUUCUGUUUGUUUGUCCGUUUCCGUAAAGGCUGUAGAGGGUUGCGUAUGAGUAGUAGCACCACACCACCGCGGUGAAUGCGUGGUGUCGCAUUGUGUAAGCAGCAUUAGCCUCUAGACUUUGUUUCGCGUUUGCAUUAUAGCAUUUUUGUUUUCCUUUGCAGACGAUAAGGCUUCUCCGGGGAGGAGGUUUUUCCUAUCUCACACACACACACACACACACCCGUCGUGUAAAGCCAAGACUUUGAGCAGGGUGUAGUAGACGCCCAAUUGGCCUAUACAUAUAUGCCUAGAGAACUGAUAAUAGACAACGAAGUAUGACUAAAGUAUCUAACAACCAUAUUUAUGUCUACUCUAUAACAAAAAGCAACAAAGGGCAUCAGUCCCCCCCCCCCCCCCCCCCCACCCGGAGAUGCCUUUUUUCACCCCUUACUGUCUGUAAAGCCUUACUGUUCUGACUAUCUCUACCUAGUAGGAUAUGCAUUCGUGCUAGGCGCAUCCUUCUUUAGUUCUUCCGUCGUUCGUUCGUGUGUAGCUUUAAGACCAGUUGCUUCCUAUUGAAUUUAAUGUAGUAACCAGUUAAGUUAAAUCUGUGGAUCUUCCAGAAACAUGCAAAAAAGGAACAAAACAAAUCUAGAUAGAAAAAGAGAAAUAAUAUUCAUACGGUUUAUCAAUGUUA